CGUUCUCAGGUGGUUUUAUCGUUUUGUUUUACAUUUGGUCUUCUUUCAUGCGACCGAAUAUGUGGCUAUGGGCUUUCAUGGAAAGUUGAAGUUUUGUUUUAGUUUAGUCGCCGUCGCCUCGACUGCUGCUGGAUUUUUUUUCAUUUAUGUGUGCUCGCGAAUCAGUUGUCAAAAUGCGAGCAAAGGAAGCAGCAUGGCGGAAUAUAAAGCUGGAAGGGUUAAUUAUUUUGAAGGAAACAUCGGAAAAGAGUUUCAAUUCGAUCUCGAAGGAAAUGAUAUAAUUGUAUUCUUGCACAUGCAAAAAACCGGCGGAACGAAAUUUGGUAAACAUCUGGUGAAAAACUUAGACAUAAAACAUCCAUGUGACUGCGUACGGAGGAGGAAGAGGUGUGAUUGUAGGCGACCCAACUCAAAUGAGAUAUGGUUGUUUUCACGUUACUCUAUAGGAUGGCCUUGUGGACUGCACGCCGAUUGGACUGAGUUGAAAGUUUGUGUUCCAGGGCUUAUAAACAAAUUGGAAGGUGGCAAAAGAUCUAGGAAAUUCCUUUAUAUAACGAUCUUACGCGAACCUGUAUCAAGGGUGUUGAGCGAGUUAAAAUGUUACCAGAAAGGUACAACAUGGAAAAUGUCUUUGCACAAGUGUAACGGCAGAGUCCCAACUAAAGAAGAACUUCCACCAUGUUAUACUGGAGAAAACUGGGAAGAUGUCACGCUGCAAGAAUUUUUGAACUGUUCAUCGAAUCUGGCCUUCAAUCGGCAAACGCGGAUGUUGGCUGAUUUGGAACUUGUUGGUUGUUACAACAGAAGCGCGAUGUCACGCGUUCCGAGAGAAGAGAUUUUGUUAGAAAGUGCUAAGAGAAAUCUUGCGAGUAUGGCGUAUUUUGCCCUGGUGGAGUACCAGCUUGAAAGUCAAUAUCUAUUCGAGAGAACCUUUGGAAUGAAAUUUCGACAACAAUUUGUGCAAAUGAGUAAGGAAGAGACUCGAGCGGCUGAGGUAGUUCCUAGUUCUAAGGAUCUUGCGCGUAUUCAAGAACUUAACGAACUAGACAGCAAGUUGUAUUCCUUCGCCAAAGAACUGUUCUUUGAAAGACUGAAAUACUUUAAAGAACGGGACAAGGAAGGCAUAUCUCAGGUGUGAUCUUCUUUGUGAAGCCUCCAUACGCCAUCAUUUUCUUUCCGCACAUUUAUUCAUUGUUAUAAUUUUUUACGCAAUCCGACAUCUGAACGAAAUUAGGUUCCAUAUGAAACCCGUGAAUUUUUUAUCAUUUAUUCAGACAAGAUUAUAUUACGAUUUCAACUUUGUUCCCUCUAAAUUAUGUAAAAGCUUAAAAGUGCCACUAUUUUGCUUUUGGAACAGAAAUUUUUUUAUUGUAAAUGUUGGUAAAGGGAGGUUAAUCAGGUGAUUUUGCACAUCACGUAUUUGCGUCGACCUUAUUCGAAAUGGCCCUAUUCCUAGUGGAGUGUUCUUAAAUUUAAAAUCCUUGGCUCGAACUGGCCAGGGGGAAAAUAGAAGGUUACCAAAAAAAAUGUAAUAAAUGAAUCUUUGGUGGUCUCUCAGAUAUCCAAUACAGUCAGGCGUUCCUUUCGCUUGGAUUCUUUAGCCUGGUGCAGACCAAUGGAACCAGCUAUUUUAACUUGCCUGAUAAACAAAUUAAGAAAUAUAAACAAAACAUGAAAGUGAUCUAAGGUGCUGUUCCUUGAAAGUUGAACUGGAAUUUAAACCGAAAUUGGAUGAAAUCCAAUACGGUCUCAACAAGUUUUUGCUUCUACACGAAGGCUUACUUUAUUUUCAUUUUUAAAAGUCUCCUCUUGUAGUGUUAUUUUGUUUUUCAACAUAAUAAUGGCAUUCCUCCUCUGGGAAGGGAGUGUGUUGCAUAAAGAGCUGAGCCUUGAGUAAACUGAAACAUGGGAGGAAGUGUAUUGCAUAAAGAGCUGAGCCUCAAGUAAACUGAAACAUGGGAAGGAAGUGUUUUGUGUGAAGAGCUGAGCCUCAAGUAACCUGAAACAUGGGAAGGAAGUGUUUUGUGUGAAGAGCUGAGCCCUAAGUAAAAUGAAACAUGGGAAGGAAGUGUUUUGUGUGAAGAGCUGAGCCUCAAGUAAAAUGAAACAUUUGACAACACCAUAAAUUGCAGGAAAAAUUAAUAAAAUUUAAAGAAAAUAUUUUUGGGUUAACCCUUCACCCUCUAACAUCAACAUUUACAUUCUUUAGAGUCUUCUCUGUACAUUUCCUUUGUUACUGAUAGGGAAAAUUGUUUUAACAAUCAGCGCUUCUGAGAUUGGUGAUCAUUUCCCUUAUUACUGUGAUAAGAAAUUGGAUGCUAGUCGCUCUUAAGUUUAAAGGAUUACAAGUAUUUUUUAAAUAAUUUUGAGAAAUUUUUCAUGUCAAGGACAAUGGCUAGUAAAUUUAUUUUUCCCUUAAGCCAUCUUUAAAAUUAAUGAUAUAUUUUCAUCAUAAAGUGAUUUUAUUUAACAUUUAUCAAUAUAUUAUAUAUAUUUAUGCCAAAGAAACUCAAACUCAGAAUUAUUAAAUAGCCCAGCACAACUAGUGUUUUGGUAAUUUGUCAUUUUGACCUGGACAGUGCCUGGGCAUUUGACAUAUUACACUCAACAUGUCUUUAACAAAUGUAUUUUUCAAAGGGUCAUAACAUUGUAAUCAGAACCUUAUUAAUUGCAAUGUAAUCCUAAAAUAAAUAAGGCCUUUGCCUUUAUCCUCGUGUACAGAGUCUGACUAUCAUGCACAAACAGUAAGGUUCUUUAAGUCAUAGUUCCCAAAAAAAAUUAACAGGAC